AUGACUUCCCAAUUGCUGCGAUCAUCGGCAUUACGUGUCAACCGUCGAGGGAUAGUGACCAAACGACCCUUUUUGGGUACAACGCAAUGGUGGAAUACCACAACGCCGGGUGCUUCGGUGGAUUGGAGAUCCUUUGCGUCAUCAUCCAGCAAUAAUCCAGAUGACAACCUGAAUCGGCCCCUUCCAUUCACAACGUCAUGGUGGUCAUUGCCAGCUACUUCUCACGACAGUGCUAGCAGUAGUCUGUGGUCCUCUGGGUGGUGGGCCAAGAUACCCAAGGGAUUUGAGAAUUUUGGGGUCAGUCCGAACGGAGAUAACAACAGCAACAGUAAUAAGAAGAAUGAAAAGACAGACAGCAAGACUUCGACCAGCACAGACUCGACUACGACGAAUACCACCAAUUCGAACAAACCGUCGAGUUUUCUCAGUCAAGAUGAGAACGACAACAACAGCAAGAAUAGCAAGAAAAAGAGUAGUCACAACAACAACAAACGUUCUGAUUCAGGAGGUGGAGAUGACCCACAGAAUAUCCCCGGGCUGCUGGCCUUGUUGAUUUUGGUAUUGGCAGCCCGUAAUCUCUUGGAUUCCGAAACCGUCGAAGGACAAGAAAUUACCUUUGUCGAAUUCCGAAAUCGAUUCUUGCUCCAAGGACAAGUCGAACGCAUCGAAGUGGUCAAUGAAAAAGUCGCUCGUGUCAUUUUGAAAGAUCAUGCCGUUGAUUCUGCCACCAGUACUACGGAAUGGAAGGAUGAUCCUACCAGCAGUACCACCUCCGAAUGGGACAGUUCUGCCAAUAAUAUGGAUACCACACGCAACAACCACAACAAGAAUGCGCAUUACUUUUACAUUGGUUCCGUCGAAUCGCUGGAACAAAAGUUGACGGCCGCACAACAGGCAUGGCAUCCCUCCCAGUGGAUCGAAGUGGUCUAUGUCACCAAGACGGACUGGGCCCGCGAACUCAUCAAGCUGGCACCCAUGUUACUCAUGGUGGGCACCAUCUUUUUCAUGAUGAGAGGCAUGCCGUCGGCACAGGGAGGAGCCGGCGGUGGUGCCGGUGGUGGCAUGGGACGAUUCUUUAAUGUGGGCAAGUCCACGGCCAAAAAGUUUGAACAACAAGAUGUCGCGGUCCGAUUCAGCGAUGUCGCGGGAUGUCAGCAAGCCAAGGCUGAGAUUGUAGAGUUUGUCGAUUUCUUGAAACAUCCCGAACGAUUCACCAAGUUGGGGGCGCGCAUUCCCAAGGGAGCACUGCUGUGUGGACCGCCGGGUACAGGAAAGACCCUAUUGGCCAAGGCUGUUGCUGGCGAAGCCGGGGUUCCUUUCUAUAGUGUAGCUGGAUCCGACUUUUUGGAAAUGUUUGUGGGUGUGGGACCUUCCCGUGUUCGUGACUUGUUCAAGGAAGCCCGAAAGAGCGCUCCUUCGAUCGUCUUUAUUGAUGAAAUUGAUGCUGUAGGACGGCAGCGUGGAAGAGGUGGAUUCUCCGGUGGUGUCGAUGAACGCGACAAUACUCUCAAUCAAAUGCUUGUCGAAAUGGAUGGUUUCUCCCCAACAACCGGAGUAGUAGUUCUCGCAGGAACCAAUCGUGUCGAUAUCCUUGAUCAAGCGUUGACGAGACCGGGACGAUUCGAUCGACAAAUCACUGUCGAUCGUCCCGAUUUGGCUGGACGCAAGGAAAUCUUCCUGGUGCAUCUACAGGGCAUCACCAUUGACGAAAGCCACAGCCUGGAGGACUUUGCUGGUCGGUUGGCUGGUUUGACUCCGGGAUUCACGGGAGCAGACAUUGCCAAUAUUUGUAAUGAAGCAGCCAUUGUCGCUGCCAGGCGGAGUGCAACUUCAGUGGAGUUGGAGGACUUUGAAAAGGCUACGGAUCGAGUGAUCGGUGGCUUGGAGUCGCACAAGAUUAUGAGUGCUGAAGAAAAGAGCAUCGUGGCACACCACGAGGCGGGUCAUGCCGUCGCGGGAUGGUUCUUGGAGAAUGCAGACCCUUUGCUGAAAGUGACAAUCAUCCCCCGAUCCAGUGGUGCUUUGGGCUUUGCUCAGUAUCUGCCAAAGGAGAUAUACUUGAGAAACAAGGCUCAGAUCCUUGAUAUGGUAUCCAUGGCCCUGGCCGGUCGAGCAGCCGAGGAGGUCUUCUUUGGUCGGGUUACAACGGGAGCUUCGGAUGAUUUGAGGAGGGUGACUGACAUUGCAUACGGCAUGAUACAAACAUAUGGAAUGAACGCACGAGUAGGACAGCUGGCGUUUGCCAGAGAUGAAGGUGGCAUGCCUGGGGACAAGCCGUACUCUGAGGCCACUUCGGAAGUCAUGGACGAAGAGGCACGUGCCAUGAUCGAUGAUGCAUAUCAACAAACAGUGGCAUUGAUUCGGGAACGACAAACCGAAGUGCAGAAGGUUGCCAACUUGUUGUUAGAGAAGGAGACCAUCACGCACGAUGACAUUAUGGAUGCCAUUGGUCCUCGGCCGUUUGAAGGCGACAAACAAUACCAAGAGUACGUCAGCAUGAGGAAACAGAUGAGAGAGGAGAUGGAAACGAAGGAAGAAGAUGCCAAGGAGUCAACAAAGGCACCAGAAGAGGAGGAGGAAGAUCACGAUGGUGGUUUCACUCCGACACCUGGUCUCGCAUAG